UUUUGAAUUCAGUCUGUUCUCUACAGUCAACUGAACUAAAUAUAUAAAUUAAAUGCAAACAUGCGUUUUCUGCUUGUGAGUGCCCUGUGCUUUCUUCUUGCUAGAACUGCUUCAGUUCAAGCUGCAGACUGUGGUUGUUCAGGUACCGACUGUCGCUGUUGUGGUACAACUUCACCUGUUGCAGAUGGAGAAAUUCCACAGCUUAUAGUUUUAUCGUUCAAUGAGGCGAUUUUAAAUGACACUUUUAGCAACAUUUGGCAACCAUUGCUUUUUGAUCGAAAAAAUCCUGAUGGCAAUCCUGUAAGUGGAACGUUUUUUGUUCCUCAUGAAUAUACCGAUUAUAAAAAAGUUCAGGACCUUUAUGUCCAAGGAUUUGAAAUAGGUUCAAACUCAAUAACAGGAAAUAGUUCAUCGCAAUAUUGGUCAGAGGCCACAGAAGAGACUCUUGUAAAAGAGUUUCAAGGUCAAAGAACUAUUAUAUCUACUUUUGCAAAUAUACCAAUUGACGACAUAAUAGGAGCCAGAACACCACAGCUUCAGCUACAAGGUGAUGUUUCAAUCAAUGCUUACAUAACUUCUGGUCUCCAGUACGAUAGUUCAUGGACGUCUCGAAGCACAAAAGCAGUUUUUCCAUACACUUUGGAUUAUGUAGAUUCACAUUGUCAGGAAUGUCGACUUGGUACCACCUGCCCAUCUGAUACUCAUGCUGGUUUCUGGAUUGCCCCAAUAAUAGAUUUACAGGGAAAUAAUUCAGAUGAAUGUGCUGCUCUAAGUGGUUGCAAUAUUCGUGGAACUGCUGAUGAAAUUUCUGCCUGGCUUUUAGAACAAGUUGACAGAGGACGUUCAAGUAACAAAGCACCGUUAACUUUGUUGGUGCCUACAGGUUGGUUUCGUGCCACCGAGAACAGUUAUGAAGGGUUCCAAAAAUUUUUAGACACAUUAGGUAGCUACAAUGAUGUAUUUCUUGUUAGUCAAAAGCAAGUACUCGAUUGGAUGAAUAAUCCCGUAACUCUAGACCAGUUUCAAACAGAAGUACUAGAGCGAACGUCUAACUGUACAGAAGUAAAUUGUCGGUUAGAAAAUUCUGAGGGACAAAUUAGAUACAUGUAUAGCUGUGUACCGUGCCCCGAUAAAUAUCCGUGGCUGGAUGAUCCACUAGGAGAGUGAAAUGUUGCUUGCAUAACAAAAAAUUAACCGAUGUAAAUAAUAAAUAUAAUGACAAAUGCAAAA